GCCAUUCUUUGUUCCUUCCGGUAGAAAGUAAAGUGGGACUCGGUGGAAGCGGUUUCUUGUUGCCACGUCGGACUGCUUGGUGAACUUAGAUAAUACAUUUAAAAGAGACUCGGGGAAAAUAUUUUCCGGAGGAUUAAACCGCAGUCAUGGUGUCCGUUAUUAACACAGUGGACACCUCGCAUGAGGACAUGAUCCACGAUGCCCAGAUGGAUUACUAUGGAACUCGACUUGCCACCUGUUCCUCUGACCGCACCAUCAAGAUCUUUGAUGUCAGGAAUGGAGGACAGAUACUGGUGGCAGAUCUCAGAGGACACGAAGGCCCCGUGUGGCAGGUGGCGUGGGCUCACCCGAUGUUUGGCAACAUUCUGGCUUCAUGUUCUUAUGACCGAAAAGUCAUCAUCUGGAAGGAGGAGAAUGGAGCCUGGGAUAAGAUGCACGAGUACACCGGCCAUGAAUCGUCAGUGAAUUCAGUUUGCUGGGGUCCCUAUGAGUUUGGUUUAAUUCUGGCCUGUGGCAGCUCCGACGGGGCGAUUUCUCUUCUCACACUUACUGGAGAUCAGCAGUGGGACGUCAAGAAGAUUAGCAAUGCACACACUAUUGGCUGUAAUGCAGUGAGUUGGGCUCCUGCUGUUGUCCCAGGCAGCCUUAUUGAUCAACCAUCGGGACAGAAACCAAACUACGUCAAACGUUUCGUCUCCGGUGGCUGCGACAACCUAGUCAAACUCUGGAAAGAGGAGGACGGUCAGUGGAAGGAGGACCAGAAGCUGGAGGCGCACAGUGAUUGGGUGAGAGACGUUGGCUGGGCUCCUUCCAUCGGUCUUCCCACCAGCACCAUUGCCAGUUGCUCCCAGGACGGCCGUGUGUUUAUUUGGACGUGUGACGACCCUGCAGGCAACACCUGGACGGCCAAACUGCUCCACAAGUUCAACGAUGUGGUUUGGCACGUCAGCUGGUCGAUCACAGGAAAUAUACUGGCAGUUUCUGGUGGAGAUAACAAGGUGACGCUGUGGAAGGAGUCCAUGGACGGUCAGUGGGCGUGUAUUAGCGACGUCAGCAAAGGCCAGGGCGCCGUCUCCGCCAUCACAGACAGUCAGCAGAACGAGCAGUGACAAUUUAACCGUACAGCGAUGACCCCAGCUUUAAAUGAUUGAUUAGCAAACAUGCUGGACAUUUGGACUGUUGUCCACAGUGACGGAGCUCAAUCUGAUCUGCUUAUGACUGUUGGACGUCUGCUAAAGCUUACACAAGACAAGAAAAUGUUUAUAAGAUUCACCAUAAAAAAGAUUGAAGAAUAAAUGUUUUUUUUUUGUUGUUAAAAAAUUCAGCCAUGAUUUAGAAAUGUCUUUUUUUCACUCCAACCUCAGUAUUUUAGUUUCACCACUUUACACCUUUCACUUCCUCCUGAGAACUAGUCCAAAUUAAACUUCAGUUGUAAAAAUGUACACACCUUCUCUUCCUUUCCAUGUACUUGUGUUUUUAAACAUUCCACCUUCAUCAUUGAUGCAUCAUCAACCUAUAGAUGAUCUCAACCCCCUCCAAUGCAUCUGCCCAUCCACCACAUCAGUUUGACUGAUCCAAUUAUGCUUUGAGUUGGAACAGGAGUACGUACUCAUGCAUGCACAUAUGUUUUUACAUGAGUUUCUUGCUAAUUCAGGCUGUGAACAGAUCCCUGUGUUCUCCUAACACCAUAUUUAAACUUAAUCUUUUAGAUUAAAACCUGCCUUAAUCAGUUUCAAACAUAAAUUAAUAACUGAAAUGGGUGCUUGAUCACUCAUGAAUGCAACAUAAUUGUGAGCAGUUUGGAUGUUUUGCCUUUAAGAAAUAAACCAUGAGUUUGUUUUUCACAUUUGAUAUUAAAUAACUUCAUGUUAAAAGUCAUCUGUCAUUAAAUUCAUUGUUUAUUAUUCAUCUAAAAAUAAAAUGUUUAACAAGA